AUGUUUCAGUACGAUGGAUAUGAUGGCUAUGGAGGAGGAGGCUACCCUCCAGGACCACCGGGAGGAUAUGGAGGAGGAGGAUUCGGUGGAGGUUUUGGAGGUCCACCAGGUUUUGGAGGACCAGGUUAUGACGUUGCCCAGAGCCCACUGGAUGCAGAGGUUCAGGUUGUCAUAAGAGAGAUACAUAACGAACUCGGGUUAUUUGAUGCUUCUGGCGAAUACGGAGAACAAUUUAAAAAUGCUCGUCGUCUUUUAGCUGCUGAAUCCGAUAAACUGGAAAACAACAUAGAUCCUGAAUGGCUGGAAGUUGAUAUUCCGAAGCCAAUCAAGGUUACGAAGAAAGUGCUAAUUCCGAAUUUCCGUCACCCCAGGUUCAACUUCGUUGGGAAAAUCCUUGGACCCAAAGGAGCAUCGCUGCAAGCUAUGGCGAAGCAGCAUAAGUGUCAUAUUUAUGUACUUGGCCGUGGUUCCACAAAGGAUAGAAACAAGGAACAAGAACUUCUCAAUUCUGGGGACCCUCAAUACGCUCACUAUGGUGGUCCGUUGCAUGUCAAGGUAGAGACCAUUGCUCCUGCUCAUAUUGCAUAUCAGAGAGUUGCUGGUGUGUUGGAGGAGCUGAACCGUAUCCUACAGCCAAUCCGAGAGGACACCACACCCGGUCAUCUCAAGGAAGGUGAAAAUGGGACUGGUAGCAACACAGGUCCAACUGAGGGUGGUGACAGCAAAAAUGGCGAUUCCGACCAUACUGAGGCUUCACUCAAUCUGAGCUCGAGGCGUUGCAGUGCUGGUUCGUCUUAUAUUGUUAUUCAAUUGUCAUGUUCAUCACCCGUGCUUUUUAUCAACGCUCGUCGCACUUCAGGUUAG